AUGCCUGCACGGGCCAUUCCCCAGGCCUUCCACCCUAGCAAUAGUACGCCAAGCGUCAAUCAGCUGAUGUGGGCUUGGUGGGACUCGAUAUUGACCGAAUAUUCUAAUUCCUGUGCACAACCCCAGAGCCUGUUCUCAGGCUGCCUGAUUGGCUUAAUGAUGACAAACAGGAAUCCGAUGACCGAGAGGUUCCUGAAUCUGACCCUGGAGGUCAACUACCUGCUGACUGGAGAGGAUUACAUUGUUGUGAAGAGAUCUGACGAUCCUACUAUACAGAGAAGCAGUCCCUGUGUGUUAAGAGGAUCCUGCAAGACCCAGAGCUCCAACACGGUGUGUCCACCUCACUCACUGAUACAUGAGGGAAACGAUGAGCAGAACAUCCUGGAACUGACCAAUCAGAUCAUCCACCUGCUGACUGGAGAGGUUUGGAAGCAUUUAAAAGGGAAAAAGGAAACUUACAAGGAAGUGAUGAUGGAGAGUCACCACCCCCUCAUCUCCUUGGAUGGUUCCAUGAACAGAAAUGAAACCGGUGAAUAUGACCCUUCAGUUUCUUCUCCAGUUUGUAUAACCGAAGAUAAUAAAAUCAGCUGUGUGGCCGUCACUACCACAAGCAGUAAAUCUCUGAGUCCUGAAACAGAAUCUGAGGAAGAAAAUUUCAGAGGCAUUAAUACAUCCAUCGAAAAUAUACAGUCUGAAUAUCCACCUACUCAUAUUAAGGAGGAAUCAGGCACUUGUGAGGCAGGGAACCUCCCAGGCACAGACAUUUAUACACCCACAGAAGAUGCAGAGAUAGAAUAUCCAUCUACUCAUAUUAAGGAGGAAUCAGACUCAUGGGAAGAAACUAAUUUUGCUGAAGCUGCCAUUUAUCCAGUCAAGGGACAUCUACGUAUGGACUAUACAUCAAAGUGUGAAUCAGAAUCAAAUGAAAAACAAAUUCCUAUAAGCAAUGAUAUUCAUCUACGCACAGAUCAUACACAGACAGAACAUCCGCCUGACCUUAUUAAGGAAGAAUCAGCCUCUUGUCAUUCCAGCACUCUUACAAGCACCGAGAUUUAUAAACCCACAGGUGAUAAACAGAUGGACUAUACAUCAAAUUAUGAAUCAACAUCAGAUAAACAAAGAAAUCUCAGAGAGAGAGACAUUUAUACACCUACAGAUCAUACACUGACAGAAUAUCCAUCUAUGCAUAUUAAGAAGGAAUUGGUCUCAUAUCAAGAUGGAAAUCUCACCAUCUUGAACCUUUUUGACCCAACUUGUCGAGCUGAAACACAAAACAAAGCAAAUAGUAACUGUGUUGGUGGCGCUAAUGUUUCAUCUACCAAUUCAGAUCUUGUUAGACAUCAGAGUGUUCACAAAGGAAAAAACAUGACCAGUACAGAUUAUAUUGCACAUGAUUAUUGUAAGCAGAAAUCAAUCGAUUACAUGUCAGAAAUUAAGGAUCAUGAGCGAAUUCUCACAGAAGAGAAGCCAUUUUCAUGUUCACAAUGUGGCAAACGUUUCAAAAAACUUUCAAAACUUAAGAAUCAUCAGAAGACUCACACAGGAGAGAAACCAUUUUCUUGUUCUGAAUGUGGGAAAUGCUUUACUCGCAUGUCGAAUCUUAAGAUACAUCAGAGGACUCACACAGGAGAGAAACCAUUUUGUUGCUCUGAAUGUGGGAAAUGCUUUAGUCAGAUGUCAUAUCGUAAGAUACAUCAGAGGAUUCACACAGGAGAGAAACCAUAUUCAUGUUUAGAGUGUGGGAAAUGCUUCACUGACCAUUCAACUCUUAAGACUCAUAAGAGGGUUCACACAGGAGAGAAACCAUAUUCAUGUUCAGAAUGUGGGAAGUGUUUCGCUUAUCAUUCAGCUCUUAAGGCUCAUCAAUUGAUGCACACAAGAGAGAACACAUUUUUAUUGCUCUAAAUG